AUGGAAUAUUCUUCCCAAGAGAAGGGUUGGCCUGCACGUUGCUGUUGCCGCUAUUAGUCCUUGAGCGCUACUCCUCACCAGCGCGAGCACAUCUCCCCAUCCCGUCGCUCCUCCGCUUUCUCAUUCGCACCGUUUUCCCUUUGCUUUCUAUUGUCCUUCUGCAUGGCUCCCUUCAUCCUCAAGUUCAAGGGUAACAAGUCGUUUUCUCCUUUUUCUCAGCUUUCAGACACCGACAGCCUCACUCGUACAUGGAAAGUAUGCACCAAGGUCGCAGCUCACCUGGAGCAGGGCCAGCGACUCGAGAACCUGUCCUGGAGAUGUUGGUUCCUACACUCUUUAAUGGUGGAGGCUGAUAACACUAAAUCUAAACGCGAGUUCAAAAAGAUGACCAAGUCCAUGGGAGAGAAACUAGACAAGGAAAAGGGCAGGAGCAUCGAAGAACUGCACGCCCCAGAUUUCAAAGGCUCUGACUCGACGAGCAGAGUGAAGCAGCGAGCAGAUGAACGCUUUCGAGAUACCCACAUGCCCGACGGAUCUCGACCAUCUAUGAAGGGGAUGCAAUACACAUUCUCUGUCGCUCCGCCUACCAUUGUGACCACAAAUGUGACAAAGCCAAGCGUAAAGAAGUCCACUACUCCGUCCUCAGGUCCUCCGUCAGGAAGUGAGCACCCCCGCCAGGACACCAAUGCUGCUGUCCGUCCCUUGCAGCUUUUGGAUGAAAACUGCAAAGUCCCUCAGUUUUCGCCUGCUGAAAUCCACCUGCCCCCAUCGCCAACGGACAUGGAUCGUCCACCCUCGCAGACAGAUCCCCCCCUCGUAGCAUCUCAGCGUUCUAACUUCUCCAGUGUAGUGCGCUUCCCAGCUUUGUUUUCUUCUGACUUUAGCCCGACAGCACUACUUGGCCCCAGUUCCGCUUCUACCAAUCCCCGUAUGUCCUAUGGUGAGGAUGUUAUUGGAGCCGGCCUCACCGAAAGCAUGGCCCGAGGUUCAUUCGACGUUCCGAGGCCUGCGUUCGAGUUUCCGUUGGACGAACUCAUGGAUUCUCCUGAGUCUCGUUCCUUGCCAAACGGUGAAGAAGAAAUGAAGGAUGCCUUCUCCCAUCCGGCGGGAAAUUCCGUAACUCACCAAGACUAUGGACUUUCUUAUCUCUUCAGCUCUAGCGGCAACGAUGUCGAACCAUAUCUUCCGAAAUCGGACCCAACCCAAGUUUUGACUCUUCAGUAUCAAGCGAACACGGAGCAGUUCCCUUUCUCACCAUACGGGCAACUACACCAUCCACCCAUGACCAUCUCCCCUACUUCUCCGGAUUUUUCUGCUCCGUUUCCGGGCAAUGUGGUGCAAGCACCUCCUACAAACACCUUCUCCGCGAGCGUGAAAGGUAGACCCCGUUCCUCUUCGAAGCACCAGAGAGAUGAGGAUGCGUUCGUUCUUACAUCCACACCAAGCCGCGGGACCCGCCAUUCUCACUCGGCUUCACUGCCUCACUUUUCUUCCCAGACGUUGGAUGUGUUGCCAUCUCCCUCAAGUUCUUCUGUUACCCCAUCGAGAAGAAACAGCCUGAAGAAUGGUAAUCGUCAUCAACCUCCUUCAGCGACUCCUCCCCCUCGAGCCCAACGAUCAAGUCACGGAGGUCUGACACCGAGCAGUGUGAAGACCGAGUGUGCAAAUUGUGGUGCUACGUCCACUCCUCUAUGGAGACGUGGCCUCAAUGAUGAGCUCAAUUGUAACGCAUGUGGUUUGUUCGCCAAGCUGCACAAGCGUGCUCGACCCAAGACGUUGAGGAAUCAGAUGAGUUCCGAAAAUAACAAUAGGCAAGGGGUUUGGACGCCUCGCCAGAGUGAUCAGGGGGAUGGUGAAGCGGUUAGUUGCUACAACUGUCACACGACCGCUACUCCUCUCUGGCGUAAAGAUGAGGGUGGUCGAACCCUCUGCAAUGCUUGUGGUCUUUACUUAAAGCUCCAUGGUGAACGUCGUCCCUCAUCAAUGAAGUCUGAUGUAGUACGUAAACGCAAUGGGCGAAAAGGGUCUUCUCCUAGCGACACACCAACCGGGACCCCCAACGAGAGUACCCAUACCUCCCCUAUCAUCGGCCCUUCCAUGCCACCAACGAUCCAGGACAUCCAUCCUCCUAUGCUCCCAUCCUCCUUCGAUUUCUCUGCUGCUGGGUUCGAGUUUUCUCAAGUUACGCACGAUUCCACAGAUCGCUUGACUUACCAGCAUGAACUUGACCGUGAUGCCACACUCAGAAUGACCAUGUCUCCAGGCUCAUCAUAUCUCGAGAAUCUUACCUAUCCCGCUGCCCUAUCAGCAUACAACGUGCAGCCCUUCUACAAUAACAGUGCCCAUGACACCACUUCUGAUGACACGGCUGGAAGCCAUGGCAACGGACGCGCGCCGGAGAGUAUCAAUCUCAGCCCAGGCGCAGCCACAGUUAGCACUGGUCGGGCAGCCUUCCAGGAUGACGGUUUCAAGCGACGACGAGUUUCCCCUGAAGUGGAUGCUCAUGUGAGUACGGAAGUGGAGAACGCAUUCGGCACCGUGGACGACCAAGUGUCCAGGCCGUUCGACCAUUUCAGCGCCUAUUAUCCAUAUCCUUUCACUUUCACUUCUGCUGCGAGUUUGUUCCACCCACCGAUGGCAUUUGUACCUGAAGACCAGAUUGAGGCGGGGGAGGCAAUGGACACUUCGGUUUCUUGCGCCCGUGGGUUAGACAAGGACGGUGGCUCGCCAAACUCUGGUUCUUAG